AUGUCCGUCGAAAAGCUCACUACAAUCUCGCCAUCGACGAACAAGCCCAUAUUGGAGCGAAGUGGUCUGAGCGAGCAAGAUCUUAAGGACCUGCCGCAAACCGCCACCAAAGCGUUUAGCUCCUUUCGCCGGACUUCGCUUGCGGAGCGACAGGCCAUUGUCAAGAAGGCGCUCAAGCUUCUCGGCGACAAGAAAGAUGAACUCGCGAAGGAGCUCACCGAGCAGAUGGGGCGACCCAUCUCCUACACUGGCUCGGAGAUCGCCACCGCGGUGAAGCGUGGCGAGUACCUUCUCAAGAUCAGCGAGGACGCGCUGAGAGAUACGCCGGGGGAAGAGGAGAAGGGGUUCAAACGAUGGAUCAAGAAGGUGCCCGUGGGACCGACGCUCAUCCUGUUUGCGUGGAACUAUCCGUAUCUCAUCCUCGUGAACUCGCUUGUCCCCGCCAUCUUGGCGGGCAACAGUGUGAUCCUGAAACCGAGCCCACAGACGCCCACGAUCGUGGAGCACAUGGCCAAGAUAUUCGAGGAGGCCGGCCUCCCGGCCGGCGUGCUGCAGUACUUCCACUCCGGCAGCUACACUCAGGUGGAAGCGCUUAUCCGGAACCCAGAGAUUCAGCUGAUUUGCUUCACUGGCUCUGUGGCUGGAGGCUUAGCUGUUCAGAAGGCGGCCAGCGAUCGUGUCGCUGUGCGCGUAGGGCUUGAGCUGGGAGGGAAAGACCCUGCCUAUGUGAGGGCGGACGUGGAUCUGAAGUGGGCCGCGGCCGAGAUCGUGGACGGCGCCGUCUUCAACUCUGGCCAGAGCUGUUGCAGUAUUGAGAGAGUGUAUGUGGCCGACAGCGUACACGACGAGUUCGUGAAGGAAGUCCAGGAAGUGCUCAAGGGCUACGUUCUCGGCGACCCGAUGGAUACGAAGACACACGUUGGGCCGGUCAUCUCGAAACGCUCCGCGGAUACGAUAAGAGGGCAUAUCAAAGACGCUCUCGAGAAGGGAGCGAAGGAUGCGACUCCGGAAAACGAGAGCUUCAAGAAGCCGCCGCCGGACGGCAAUUAUGUUGCCCCGACACUGCUUACGAAUGUGAACCACGACAUGCUGGUUAUGACGGAGGAAACCUUCGGCCCAGUGAUUCCAAUCAUGAAGGUCUCGAGCGACGAGGAAGCCGUCAAACUCAUGAACGACUCCGUGUUUGGUCUCACGGCUAGCGUGUGGACGAAAGACGUUGCCAAAGGUCAAGAGCUCACCGAGGACAUCGAGGCUGGCACGGUCUUCGUUAAUCGGUGCGACUACCCAAGUCCGGAUCUGGCGUGGAUUGGAUGGAAAGAUUCCGGCAAGGGACAGACGCUGAGCAAGUUUGGGUUUGACCAGUUUGUCAAGUUGAAGAGCUAUCACGUCAAGGACUACCCAAAAUAG